CUGCAGUGCUAGAGGGUGCUGCUGAAGAAGAGGCUGAGGAGCCAGACGCCACUACCCAGACUACACUAAGUGAGGAGACCAGCAGCCAAGAGGAGAGCCACAGUCCAUCAGGGGAUAAAAAUGAAGAGCAGCAGCUGGAAAGCUUAAAGAGCUACAAGGUGUCCCCGAGCUCCCCAAACAGCCUGGAGGGAUCCGACCUGUCCUCCAUCGACGCCAUGAUGUCGGCGGUGAUGAACGCCGGGAAGAUCGCCGAAAACGUCGGGAACCCCCAAAAUGUCAAGUCCCCCACAAAGUCUCCUGCACCCAAUCGGAUUGGCAGGAGGAACCAGGAAACAAAAGAAGAGAAGUCUUCCUAUACCUGUCCUCUGUGUGAAAAGAUUUGCACUACACAGCACCAACUAACUAUGCACAUUCGUCAGCACAACACUGACACUGGAGGGACGGACCAUUCCUGCAGCAUCUGUGGAAAGUCUCUGAGCUCAGCGAGCUCCCUGGAUCGCCACAUGCUGGUGCACUCAGGGGAAAGGCCUUACAAAUGUUCUGUGUGUGGCCAGUCCUUCACCACCAAUGGAAACAUGCACAGGCACAUGAAGAUCCACGAGAAGGACCCCAACAGCACGGCGAGCACCACGCCCCCGUCGCCGCUGAAGCGCCGGCGCUUGUCUUCCAAAAGGAAGUUCAGCCACGAUGCUGACAUGGACAGAGAGGAGAGGACACCUGCCAAAAAGGUUGUCGAGGAUGGUCACUCCGGUGAAGGGGAUAAGAGGGCUGAGGAAGAAGUUUAUCACUGUCCAGUGUGUUUCAAAGAGUUUUUUUGCAAGUAUGGGCUGGAGUCCCACAUGGAGACACAUCCAGACAAUUCCCUGAGGUGUGACAUCUGCUGUAUCACCUUCCGUACGCACCGGGGCCUGCUGCGCCAUAACGCGGUCAUCCACAAGCAGCUUCCCAGGGAUCCCCUGGGGAAGCCUUUCAUUCAGAACAACCCUUCCAUCCCAGCAGGAUUCCACGACUUGGGAUUCACGGACUUCUCCUGCAGGAAGUUCCCUCGCAUUUCUCAGGUCUGGUGUGAAACCAAUUUGCGGCGGUGCAUCAGCGACUUCCACCGGUUCAUCUGCGAGACGUGCAACAAGGCAUUCCCCAUGCUCUCAGCCCUCCACCUGCACACCGAGACUCACCUGGGGGACCAGGGCAGAGACAAGCACAAGCCACAGUCCGCCACCCCACCCGCUGAGAACCCUGACCAGAAAGCCUUCAUGGCAUCCUUGGGCCUCCAGUACACCAAAGACAUCAAGCCUGUCAAGCAGGAGGACAAUGCACCAGAUGAGGUCCAAGAGCUGCGGCUCAGAGCACUGAAGAGUAACCUACCUCAGGAACCCGGCAGCACCGGCCUGCUCAGCCUCUCUCCUCUGGAAGCUGCUUCCAUGGGAGGGUCUUUUUCAGUCCUUCCCCCUACAAAGGAGAACAUAAAGCUCCUCUCGCUGCAGCCUUUCCAGAAGGGUUUUAUCAUCCAGCCUGACAGCAGUAUUGUGGUAAAACCCAUCUCCAACGAGUCCGCCAUUGAGCUGGCGGACAUCCAGCAGAUCUUGAAGAUGGCUUCUUCAGCCCCUCCUCAAAUCAGUCUUCCUCCCCUUUCUAAGGCACCUUCUGUCCCCGUGCAGUCCAUUUUCAAGCACAUGCCACCGCUGAAGCCAAAGCCUUUGGUCACGCCCCGAACGGUCGUCGCAACCUCUACGCCACCUCCUCUGAUCAGUGCCCAGCAAGCCUCCCCUGGCUGCAUCAGCCCCAGCCUCCCGCCCCCGCCUCUGAGGCUGAUCAAGAACUCGGUGGAGUCCUCCUCCAACUCUCACCUCCCCCAGGCAGGAGCCAAACUGAGCCCCGCCUCGCAGUUGCUCCUCCAACCCAAAGUAGAGCCUUUAACUCAGCACGAGAUGAAGACGCAGCUGGAGCAGGACAGCAUCAUCGAAGCUCUCCUGCCUCUGAGCAUGGAAGCCAAGAUCAAGCAAGAGGUCACCGAAGGAGACCUCAAAGCCAUCAUCGCCGGGGCGGCCAACAAGAAGGCCCCGACCAUGAGGAAGGUGUUGUACCCUUGCCGUUUCUGCGACCAGGUGUUCGCCUUCUCCGGGGUCCUGAGGGCUCACAUCCGUUCUCACCUGGGCAUCUCCCCUUACCAGUGCAACAUCUGCGACUACAUCGCGGCCGACAAGGCGGCGCUGAUCCGGCACCUGCGGACGCACAGCGGGGAGAGGCCUUACAUCUGCAAAAUCUGCCACUACCCCUUCACGGUGAAGGCCAACUGCGAGAGGCACCUGCGGAAGAAGCACCUCAAAGUCACCAGGAAAGAGAUCGAGAAGAACAUCGAGUACGUCACCAGCAACGCCGCCGAGAUGGUGGACGCCUUCUGCUCGCCCGACACGGUGUGCAAGCUGUGUGGGGAGGACCUGAAGCACUACAGGGCCCUCCGCAUCCACAUGAGGACCCACAGCGGCUGCCAGAAGAAGAAGCCCUUCGAGUGCAAGGAGUGCGGCACGGCCUUCUCGGCCAAGAGGAACUGCAUUCACCACAUCCUCAAGCAGCACUUGCACGUGCAGGAGAGGGAGAUCGAGAAUUACAUCCUGGCGGUGGACUGCGGCGCCCAGGAGAGCCAGACAGACCCUCCGUUGUUGGAGGACAGCACUUACAUGGACCGCAAGCCCGUGACGCCUUUCCUGGAGCCUCAGAACGGCUUCUUGCUGGGGACCUCCUCCCACGUCCCCAUCAAACUCGAACCCGCCAGCAAUUUCGCGGAGCCGUUGGAUUUCUCUCAGAAGAACAAAAACCUGGGUGCCGUGCAAGUGAAGCAGGAGAACCUGUUCGGCGCUUCUCCCCUCUCCCUCUACGACUGUUCCAUGGAGCCUAUCGACCUGUCCAUCCCCAAAGCCCUGAAGAAGGAUAAGGACGACGUCCCGUGCGAAGCCGGCCACCCCGAGCUGGCCGCUUCGGGGAACGGCGAGAAAGCCUUUAACUGUCUGCAGUGUCCUUUGGUGUUCGGUGCCAACGGGAACUCGGAGAAGAGCAGG